AUGAGUGCUCCCCAAAGUGAUAUCAUUUCACCUCCAAUGAAACAAUCUCUACUAUCAACCAAAUAGAAGACACGCCAUUUUUACGGAUAUAAAUAAAGCAUGAGUGCUCCCAAAGUGAUAUCAAUCAAACAAAAUCCCAAAGCGGUCGCACCCUGUUUUCUUGCUUCUCCCUGAUUUUUGGUCCAUCUCCGAUGGCUUUGGCCGGCGAUCCUCAAUACUAUCAUUGUAAAGUUUGUCGGUGUGCCUUCAACUUCAACCCCACUCCACUCAAUGUCUCUUGCCCCUUCUGCAGUUCAACGGGAGAGUAUAUACGUGCCUUUCAUCGAAGCUCACAGUCAUCAUCAUCAUCAUCCUCCUCCUCCUCCUCAUCAUCGCCGGCGCUGGCCAUUGUUUUCAACCUUCGUUCUGUUGAUGAUUUAAUUAUGCUGCCUGAUUUUUUUGUUUUAUCUAGAUCAUUGAAUGUCUUUGAUUAUGAUACUAUCGAUUUUAUAUUUGAUCACUCCCGAAGGAGUUUUUUCCGGUGUCACCUUGCUCGUGGUGGUAGGAUAGACCUCUUCCUACCAAACCAUUCUAACUUUGGCUCGCAGGAAUUAGUGCUUUUAUUUACCCAAGGAGCACAGGAUAACCUUCGCCAAUAUGUUGUUGAACAUGGUACCAUUCCUCCUUCUAAGUCUGCAAUUGAGGCACUCCCUGACAUUCAAAUCACCGAAGAGACUGAUUGUGGCAUCUGCAACGAAACCUUGGAAAUGGCAACAGUGGUAAAACAAAUGCGGUGCGGACAUUUGUACUACAAUGAUUGUCUUUUUCAUUGGUUUGAGAUGUGCAAUAGAUGUCCUGUCUGCCGGUUUGAGUUAUCCACGGAUGAUCUAGAAUAUGAAUCUAAAAAAGAAAAUUUGGAAACCUUUCUUGGGUCAACGGCGAGAAGGAUUGGAGACUCUAAUCUUGAGGAGUUCUCCGGGUUAAUUUUGCUUGGAAAUGAUUCUCGACAGUCUCUUGCAAUCCAAAAGAGUAGACUUAUUGCUAGCAUUCACCAGCCUGGCGCACACUGAGAUGAGAGGAGCAGCUCAACUUUAGAUGGUGGAAGGAAGGCCCGUUCUCAAGUAUCUGAAGGACAAAAUUCUAGGGCCAUAACUCAUCAUAUAUCAGUAUUUGAUCUAAUCCUCCUGCAGUUCACCCUUGGUGAUUACCUUUGUAUUUGUUUGCAUCAUCCCUAUUUCUUGUUUUUACUGUUUGCUGUCGUCGUUUUUAGCUUGCUUUGUUGUCUCGGUGUAUCUUGUACUGUGGUUUUUUUUUUUUUAAUAUUAGUAGUU